AAAUGUACUUACUGUAUUUCCAGCUAAGAAUGUAGUUGGAGUCUCAUGCAUGACCACUGCAUAUGUGUGAAUACCUGCAGUUUAUCAUGUUAUACAAUGUAUACAAUGUAAAACUCAGGGAGAAUUGUUUGUUAUUUUAUAAACGGUCCCAUUUGUAUGGAAUUGUUUUAGAAGUAAAUGGUUUUUUUUAAUUAUUGGUCUGUUUUCAGAUUUUUUUUCAUUCUUGCAAACUAAGAUGUGAGAUUCCCACCAUGUUCUAAUAUUUAUUUCUGUGGUUUGAAUGCAUUCUCUCUUCUGAGAAUUCACAAUGCCUAAUUGGUUUCAUUAGAGGUGUGAACGUUCAUAAAAAGCUGUCUCCACCCAGUGACUACGCCUUGUACAAGGUGAACGUUUUCCAGCUUGUAUGAGUCAUAUGGGAGUACAUGUGUGCAUAGUUUUACCCUAUUUUAUAACCAUUUCUUUUGAUUUCCUCCCAUCAGUUUAGAAUUAGGGAGAGGUUUGUUUUUGUUAUGUGACCCUGCCUCCAAUGCAGAACAGGUAGUGAUGCUGAAGCUUUAUGAGGUAUGCGUUUGUCCUGGUUAAACCAGUUGGUCCACUCUUCAAGUGUAUUACUUGCUGCAGUGAGAAUAUCAUAAACAGUGAGAAGAGGACAGAGGUAAACGCGGUCUCAUCUAGUGAAAACUACUUUCAGCAUGGCACUUUAUCACUGCUGACACUGAACAAGGAUUGUAGCUCAAAGGGAUACAAGAUGAACAUGGGAGCACCUGGUACCUCUACGAUUACGCAUGUUUAAUACAGAGGGUGUGGUUAACAAGGUGAGGUUUGAGAUUGAGGCUCUUCUUUGCCAUAAAUAUAUACUAGUGAUAUGGCCCUUCGAAGAAGCUAUUCUGACAGCUUGCUACUAGAAGAUGACAAUGUGUCUGUAGAGGGUUUGGAAUACACAGACCUGCACUUUCAUGAAGAUGACGAAAUUGUGGGUGCAAGUCAUCAGUUUGCACUAAAGAGGAAUGAACCAAAGAAGAAUGAAGCUGUGGACAUUUUAAUGUUGAUUGAUAAUGACAAAGAGAUAUCGAAACAUGGUUUGAAAUCCAGCAAGAGCUUGGAAAGCCUGGAUAUCAAAGCUCCAAAUGAGGUGUGGAAGGAUUCAUAUGACAGGCUCUUCAAUGCUAAAGUCAAGAAAUACAUGAAAGGAAAUAAAACUCUUAAGGAAAACAGACAUGGCGUACACAAUGGGCCAGUGACAAUCCAGACACUUGACCGCAAAAGCGGGCAAGUAAAUGUUUCUGCUUUACUUGAGAAUGCAGAUCGAAUGCGUCUUACUUCAUAUGAAACAGAGUUUGGCGAUCAAGCAGGGCCAUUCAAGCAGGGCCAUUAUGAUGCCAAGGAUUUUACGGGUGAAUAUGACUCCGAAAUGUUAGUACAGGGAUCUGACCUGCUGAGAUCAGCAAAGCUCAAAACCAGUAUUUCAAAAGAUGUUCCAUCGCAUCAUUUCACAAAGAACUUGACCACUGUUGAUAGGGAAAUCAACAAAAGUGGAGGAACAUAUACAGAUCCAAAAAUAGAUGUUGGUAUUAAUGCACCAGAUUCAAAUCUUACACUGUCAAAUACUCAAGGAUCUCCUGUGAUGCACCUCACAAAAGGACAUUUCAAAGGCCCAAAAGCAGUGCUUAAUUCUUCUGAUAUGGAUAUGGAUGUACCAUCGGGUAAUGUCAAGAAGCCAAAAUUUAAACUGCCAAAGUUUAGCCUCUCUGGAAACAAGAAUACAGACAUCAGUUAUGAUGGAAGUAUUAAGGGGUCAAAUCUGGCAUAUCCUGAAGUAACUGCAGGUCUUAAUGGCUCAGAUUUACAAAUUGAUGGACCAAAGGCUGAUUUCAGAGGUUUAAAAGCAGACCGUCCAGACAUUGAUUCACCAGAUAUCACAGCACUUGACAUGGAUGUUGAUAUUCCUGAAGGUACAUUUAAAGGACCAAAUUUCAAGAAACCUAAUCUUGACUUAAAUGCCCCUAAUCAUAAACAUGACAUAAAUGUUCCUUCUGGUAAUCUUAAACUGUCAAAAAUUGGCUUCUCUGGUAGCAAGCCAGACGGACCUGAUAUUAAAUUCAAAUCUCCAGACCUGAAUCUCAAAAGCCCCAAAAUUAAGGGAGGAAUCGAUACCCCAGACAUAGAUCUGAAUCUGCCUCAAACUGAUUUGAAAAGCAUGAACCUAGAUAUAAAAUCACCUGAGAUUGAUGUUAAUGGCCCAUCAGGUAAAUUGAAUGUGCCAAAGCUAAAGAUGCCCGGUUUUGGCCUGUCAGGUUUGAAGGAGCCAUAUAUGAACAUGGAUGCUGACAUUGAUAAGCCAGACCUCAAUCUGAGUGCAUCAACUCCCAGACUAAAUGCAGGGAUAAACAGUCCUGAUAUUGACAUUCACGGACCUAAUCUCAAAGGUCAAAAAAUCGAUCUUGCGCAUCCAGACUUGGACAUGCCAUCUGGAAAAAUGAAAAGGCCAACUUUCAAGAUGCCCGAUUUUGGUCUCUCAGGACCUAAAAUGAAAAGGCCCGACUAUGAUCUGACGACUCCAGACAUGGAUCUUUCAGUCCCAAAGUUAAAGGCAGAUUUUAAUUCACCAAAUAUCACAGCACCUGAUGUGAAUGUUGAUUACCCUAAAGGGAAAAUUCAAGGACCAAAUUUGAAGACACCCAAUAUCAACAUGAAUUCACCUGACCUUGACAUAAAUACUCCUUCUGGUAAACUGAAGAUGCCAAAAUUUGACAUCUCUGGUAAAAAAGCAGAAGGACCAAAUCUUAAAAUCAGAUCUCCAGACCUGAAUCUCAAAAGCCCCAAAAUAAAGGGAGGAAUCGAUACCCCAGACAUGGAUCUGCCUCAAGCUGAUUUAAAAGGCCCAAACCUGGAUAUAAACUCACCUGAUAUUGAUGUCCAUGGUCCCUCAGGUAAAUUUAAUAUGCCAAAGCUAAAGAUGCCCAGUUUUGGCCUGCCAGGUUUGAAAGGGCCACAUAUGAACAUGGAUGCUAAUAUUAAUCAGCCCGAUCUUAAUUUGAGUGCAUCAACUCCCAAAAUAAAUGCAGGGUUAAACAGUCCUGAUAUUGACGUACAUGGACCUAAUGUUGAUUUCAAAGGUCCAAAAACAGAUCUUACAUUUCCUGACAUGAACAUCCCAUCCGGUAAAAUAAAAGGUCCCACUUUCAAGAAGCCUGACUUUGGUCUCUCAGGACCCAAAAUAAAGACUCCUGAAUAUGAUCUAAAAACCCCUGAAAUGGAUCUGUCAGCUCCAAAGUUUAAGGCAGACUUUGAUUCGCCAGAUAUCACAAACCCAGACUUCAAUGUUGAUAUCGCUAAAGGGAAAAUUAAGGGACCAAAUUUCAAGAAACCCCAUCUUGAUGUGAAUGCACCUGACCUUGAUGUAAAUGCCCCUUCAGGUAAACUGAAGCUGCCCAAGUUUGGUAUCUCUGGUAGUAAGCCAAAAGUUAAAUCACCAGACCUAAAUCUCAAAAGCCCCAAAUUUAAGGGAGGAAUCGAUACUCCAGACAUGGAUCUGAAUCUCCCUCAAACUGAUUUGAAAGGCCCGAACCUAGAUAUUAAAUCACCUGAUAUUGAUGCUCAUGGCCCUUCAGGUAAAUUGAGUAUGCCAAAGCUAAAAUUGCCCAGUUUUGGCCUGUCAGGCUUGAAAGGGCCACAUGCGAAGAUUGAUGCUGACAUUGAUAAGCCCAACCUUAAUCUGAAUGCAACAACUCCCAAACUUAAUGCUGGGAUAAAUGGUCCAGAUUUUGAUAUUCAUGGACCUGAUACUAAUUUUAGUGGUCCAAAAACAGAUCUCGCACUUCCAGACAUAGACAUGCCAUCUGGAAAAAUGAAAAUGCCUACUUUCAAGAUGCCUGAUUUUGGUCUCUCAGCACCAAAAGUAAAGACACCUGAAUAUGAUCUGAAGACUCCUGAAAUGGAUCUGUCAGCUCCAAAGUUUAAGGCAGACUUCGAUUCCCCAGAUCUCAACAUUGUAAGCCAUAAGCCAGGGAUCACAGCACCUGACAUGAAUGUUAAUUUCCCAAAAGGAAAAAUUAAAGGACCAAAUUUCAAAAAACCUGACCUUGACAUAAAUGCACCUGAUCUGAAGGGAAACAUAAAUUCCCCUUCAGCUAAGCUGAAGCUGCCAAAAUUUGGCUUCUCAAGUAGCAAGCCAAAAGGACCUGAUCUUAAAAUCAAAUCUCCAAAGCUGAAUCUCUCUAACCCAAAAAUGAAGGGAGGAAUCAGUUCCCCAGACAUGGAUCUGACUCUGCCUAAAACAGAUUUAAAAAGCCCAAAUGUAGAUAUCAAAUCACCUGAUAUAGAUUUGAAUGGUCCUUCAGGCAAAUUUAAUAUGCCAAAGAUGCCCAGUUUUGGCUUGUCAGGUUUGAAAGGACCACACAUGAAUAUGGAUGCUGAUAUUGAUCACCCCGGCCUCAAUCUGAGCACAUCAACUCCCAAACUAAAUGCAGGGAUAAAUAGUCCUGAUUUUGACAUCCAUGGACCUGAUGUUGACCUCAAAGGCCCGAAAACAGAUCUUAAACUUCCAGACAUGGACAUGCCAUCUGGAAAAAUGAAAAUGCCAACUUUCAAGAUGCCUGAUUUUGGUCUCUCUGGACCCAAAAUAAAGACACCUGACUAUGAUCUAAAGACCCCGGAAAUGGAUCUUUCAGCUCCAAAGUUUAAGGCAGACUUUGAUUCACCAGAUCUAACGGCACCGGACAUGAAUGUAAAUUUCCCUAAAGGUAAACUUAAAGGACCUAAUUUCAAGAAACCCAAUCUUGAUAUAAAUGCACCUGACCUUGACAUUGGUGCCCCUUCAAACAAAUUUAAAUUUCCAAAAUUUGGCUUUUCUGGUAGUAAGCCAAAAGGCCCAGAUAUUAAAGUCAAAUCUCCAGACCUGAAUCUCAAAAGCCCCAAAAUAAAGGGAGGAAUCGAUGUCCCAGACAUGGAUCUGAAUCUGCCCUCAUCAGAUUUAAAAGGCCCGAACCUAGAUAUCAAUUCACCUGAUAUUGAUGUUAAUGGUCCCUCAGGUAAAUUGAACAUGCCAAAGCUAAAGGUGCCUAGUUUUGGCCUGUCAGGUUUAAAAGGGCCACAUUUGAACAUGGAUGCUGAUAUUGAUAAACCAGACCUCAAUCUGAGUGCAUCAACUCCCAAACUACGUGCAGGGUUAAAUAGUCCUGAUAUUGAUGCUCAUGGACCGAAUGUGGACCUUACUAUUCCAGACACUGAUAAAACUUCUGGAAAAAUAAAAAUGCCCACUUUAAAGAUGCCCAAGUUUGGUGUCUCAGGACCAAAAUUAAAGACGCCUGACUAUGAUUUGAAGACCCCGAACAUGGAUCUGUCAGCUCCAAAGUUUAAGGCAGACUUUGAUUCUCCAGACCUGAAUCUCAAAAGCCCCAAAAUAAAGGGAGGAAUUGAUACCCCAGAUAUGGAUCUGACUCUACCUCAAACUGAUUUGAAAGGCCUAAACCUAGAUGCCAAAACACCUGAUAUUGAUAUUAAUGGACCUUCAGGUAAAUUGAAUAUGCCAAAGCUAAAGAUGCCCAGUUUUGGCCUGUCAGGUUUGAAAGGGCCAAGUAUGAAUAUGGAUGCUGACAUUGAUCAGCCCAACCUUAAUUUGAGCGCAUCAACACCCAGACUACAUGCAGGGAUAAACAGUCCUGAUAUUGAUGUACAUGGACCUAAUGUUGAUCUCAAAGGUCCAGGAACAGAUCUUACUUUAUCAGAUAUUGACAAGCCUUCUGGAAAAAUGAAGAUGCCCAAUUUAAAGAUGCCUAAGUUUGGUGUCUCAGGACCAAAAGUAAAGACGCCUGACUAUGAUCUAAAUACCCCUGAAAUGGAUUUGUCAGCUCCAAAGUUUAAGGCAGACUUUGAUUCCCCAGACAUCAACAUUAAAGGUCAUAAGCCAGAUAUCACAGGUCCAGACAAGAAUGUUGAUUUCCCUAAAGGUAAAUUUAAAGUACCAGACAUAAAGGCACCCAAUAUUGACAUGAAUGCACCUGACCUCGACCUCAAAGCACCUUCAGGUAAAUUAAAGCUGCCAAAAUUUGGUUUUUCAGGUAGUAAGCCAAAGGGCCCAGAUCUCAAAAUCAAAUCUCCAAAGAUGAAUAUCACAAGCCCCCAAAUAAAGGGAGGAAUCAAUACUCCAGACAUGGAUCUGACUCUGCCUCAAACUGAUUUAAAAGGCCCAAAUCUAGAUUUCAAAUCACCUGAUAUUGAUGUUAAUGGCCCUUCAGGUAAAUUUGAUAUGCCAAAGGUAAAGAUGCCCAGUUUUGGCCUGUCAGGUUUGAAAGGACCACAUAUGAAUGUGGAUGCUGAUAUUGAUCACCCCGACCUCAAUUUGAGCACAUCAACUCCCAAACUAAAUGCAGGGAUAAAUAGUCCUAAUAUUGAUGUACAUGGACCUAAUAUCGAUCUUAAAGGUCCAAGAACAGAUCUAACUCUUCCAGAUUUUGACAAGCCUUCUGGAAAAAUAAAGAUGCCAAAUUUAAAGAUGCCUAAGUUUGGUGUCUCAGGACCAAAAAUAAAAACGCCUGACUAUGAUUUGAAGACCCCUGAAAUGGAUCUGUCAGCCCCAAAGUUUAAGGCAGACUUUGAUUCUCCAAACCUGAAUCUUAAAAGCCCCAAAAUAUCGGGAGGAAUUGAUACCCCAGAUAUGGAUCUGACUCUGCCUCAAGCUGAUUUAAAAGGCCCGAACCUAGAUAUCAACUCACCUGAUAUUGAUGUCCAUGGCCCUUCAGGUAAAUUUAAUAUGCCAAAGCUAAAGAUGCCAAAUUUUGGCCUGUCAGGUUUGAAAGGACCACAUAUGAAUGUGGAUGCUGAUAUUGAUCAGCCAAACCUUAAUCUGAGCGGAUCGACUCCCAAACUAAAUGCAGGGUUAAAUAGUCCUGAUAUUGAUGUACGUGGACCAAAUGUUGAUCUCAAAGGUCCAGGAACAAACCUUACUUUACCAGAUAUUGACAAGCCUUCUGGAAAAAUGAAAAUGCCUACUUUAAAAAUGCCAAAGUUUGGUGUCUCGGGACCAAAAGUAAAGACACCUGAUUAUGAUUUGAAAACCCCUCAAAUGGAUUUGUCAGCUCCAAAGUUUAAGGCAGACUUUGAUUCCCCAGACCUGAAUAUUAAAGGUCAUAAGCCAGAUAUAACAGGUCCAGACAUGGAUCUUGACAUGAAUGCGCCUAGCCUCAAAAUCAAUGCCCCUUCAGGCAAACUGAAGAAGCCAAAAUUUGGGUUAUCAGGUAGUAAGCCAAAAGGCCCAGAUCUUAAAAUCAAAUAUCCAAAGCUGAAUUUUAAAAACCCGAAAAUGAAGGGAGGAAUAGAUGCCCCAGACAUGGACUUGCCUCAAACUGAUUUAAAAGGCCCAAACCUAGAUAUCAAAUCACCAGAUGUUGAUAUUAAUGGCCCUUCAGGUAAACUGAAUAUGCCAAAGUUAAAGAUGCCCAGUUUUGGCCUGUCAGGUAUGAAAGAACCACAUAUGAAUGUGGAUGCUAACAUUAAUAAGCCUGACCUUAGUUUAAAUGCAUCAGCUCCUAAACUAAAUGCAGGGUUAAGUCGUCCUGAUAUUGACUUAAAUGGACCAAAUGCUGAUUUUAAAGUCCCCAAAACAGAUCUUACUCUUCCAGACAUUGACAAGCCUUCUGGAAAAAUGAAAAUGCCCACUUUGAAAAUGCCCAAGUUUGGUAUCUCUGGGCAAAAAACAAAGACACCUGACUAUGAUUUGAAAACCCCUGAAAUGGAUCUAUCAGCUCCAAAGUUUAAAGCCAACUUUGAUUCCCCAGACCUGAAGAUUAAAGGUCAUAAACCAGAUAUCACAGGUCCAGACAUGAAUCUUGAUUUCCCAAAAGGUAAAUUUUUAGGACCUGACUUAAAGACACCCGAUCUUGACAUGAAUUCACCUGACUUUGAUAUAAAUGGCCCUUCAGGUAAAUUUAAGAUGCCAAAAAUUGGCUUCUCGGGUAGUAAGUCAAAUGUUCCAGAUCUUAAAAUCAAAUCUCCUGACCUGAAUCUCAAAAGCCCCAAAAUGAAGGGAGGAAUCAAUACCCCAGACAUGGAUCUGACUCUGCCUCAAACUGAUUUGAAAGGCCCAAACCUAGAUAUAAAUACACCUGAUAUUGAUGUUAAUAGGCCUUCAGGUAAAUUGAAUAUGCCAAAGAUAAAUACGCCAAAUUUAAAUACAGGGAUAAAUGAUCCUGAUAUUAACAUCCGUGGUCCUAAUGCUGAUUUCAAGGGUCCAAAAUCCAAUCUUGUAUUUCCAGACAUGGACAUGCCUUCUGGAAAACUAAAAAUGCCCAACCUCAAGAUGCCUGAUGUUGGUUUCCCAGGACCGAAACUCAAAACAUCAGGUUAUGAUCUGAAUAACCCUAAAAUGGAUGUGUCAGCUCCAAAGUUUAAGGCAGACUUUGAUUCACAAGAUCUCAGCAUCAGAGGUCAUAAGCCAGACAUCACAACCCCAGAUUUGAAUGUUGAUUUUCCUAAAGGUAAAAUUAAAGAACCAAAUUUCAAGAAACCCAAUCUUGAUUUGAACACUCCAGACUUUGACAUCGAUGCACCUUCAAGUAAAUUUAAACUGCCAAAGCUAGGCUUUUCAGACAGCAAGCCAGAAAUACCUGAUCUUAAAGUCAAAUCUCCAAAGCUGAAUUUCAAAAGCCCCAAAAUAAAGGGAGGAGUCGAAACCCCAGACAUGGAUCUGACUCUGCCUCGGUCUGAUUUGAAAGGCCCAAACCUAGAUAUCAAAUCACCUGAUAUAGGUUUUAAUGGCCCUUCAGGUAAAAUGAAUAUGCCAAAGUUAAAAAUGCCCAAUAUUGGCCUGUCAGGUGUAAAAGGGCCACAUAUGAAUAUGGAUACUGAUAUUGAUCAGCCCGACCUUAAUCUGAGUGCAUCAGUUCCCAAAUUAAAUGCUGGGAUUAUUCGUCCUGAUAUUGACAUUCACGGUCCUAAUGUUGAUCUGAAAGGUCCAAGAACAGACCUUACACUUCCGGACAUGGACAUGCGAUCUAGUCAAAACAAAAUGCCGGCUUUUAAGAUGCCUGAUAUUGGCUUCUCAGCACCCAAAGUAAACACACCUGACUAUGAUCUAAAAACACCUAAAAUGGACCUCUCAGCUCCGAAGAUUAGAACAGAAUUUGAUUCCCCAGACUUCAGUAUCAGAGGUUAUAAGCCAGAUAUCACAGCCUCAGAUAUGAAUGUUGAUUUCCAUAAAGGCAAAAUAAAAGGACCAAAUAUCAAGAAACCCAAUGUUGAUGUCAACGCACCAGACUUUGACAUUGAUGCACCCUCUAGGAAGAUGAAACUCUCAGGAAACAUGCCACAAGGAACAAAUCUUAAAUUCAGUUCUCCAAAGAUGAAUCUUAAAACCCCUCAUAUUCAAGGAGGAAUUGAUAGCCCUGAUUUUCAUGGCCUGGGGUCUGAUGUUGAUUUUGGUACCUAUACACAAAUGCAUGCUAACAGCUUUGCAGUCCCAAGAAGUAAAACAAUGGCAACCAAAACGUAUGGGCUUGAUGCUCCCUCAAGAGACGUCAGAAUACAGACUCAUCAGAAAUAUAGUGCCCCAGAAUUUAACAUGCAGGACCCCAAUUAUGACUUGAACAGAGACAUGAAAGUUUCAGGAAAAGCUCAGAGGCCUACAAUGCAAAAACAUGUCUCUGGUCAGAGCAGAAUCUCUGGAUUGGGCCCAACAUCUUCAGAUGUUUACUACAAUGAUAUGUCUGGGCCACUCAUGUCAGGACAUCGUAAAACAAAAGCAAGUAAUUUUGAUAUUGAUGGCAACUGGAACAAUACAUCAUUGCCUAAACUUCAAGUUUCAAGAAAUAGAGAAAAUGCAGCUGUGAGGAAUCCAAAUAUGGGAAUGAAUACCAUGCAAAGAUCAGGUGAUAAUGCUGGUGGUUAUAGGAAGAUGGGUCCUACACGUUAUUACACUACUGAUGAUAUAUGCUACACUUACAAAGGGAUCCCUAGAAAAGAUGGAUGGGGCAACGGGCAAAUAGAUCAUAAUCGCAGACAGACAAUGAGACACCUGCAAAUACAUGCAAUGGAUCUGGAGGUUCCAGAUAGCACUUUGAAAGGGUCAAAAUUUAAUGUUCUUAAACUAAUAUAGUAAGAUCAUUAAAAUUAAGGGAUGUGGGAGACAAGAAUAAGCUUGUCCAUGGCAAUCACAUUUACAGGGCUGAUAAGAAUAGCAUAUUAAAAACUAUGAAAAUGUUAUAUUUAUAAUGUUAACAUAAACCUGCACUUACAGUAUCAUAGAUCAUUAGGUUAUUAUAUAAGUUUGAAAAGAGUUAUAUAUAUAUAUAUAUAUAUAUAUAUAUAUAUAUAUAUAUAUAUAUAUAUAUAUAUAUAU